AUGCCUCCUGGAUUCCAGGCCAGUACCAGUGAGGGGCAGUUGAGGAGAUACGAUUGGGGCCAGGGGCAGAUCCUUGAGGAGCACGAGGACCAUUUAAGGAUAGUUCUUCAGGUUCUGAGAGAAAGAAGGUUGUAUGCAAAGUUCAAGAAGUGUGAGUUCUGGUUGAAGCAAGUCACUUUCCUCGGACACGUGAUAUCCAAGGGUGGAAUUUUUGUGAAUCCGAGCAAGAUUGAGAUGGUAGUGGACUGGGAAAGAUCGAAAAAUGUGCAGGAAGUCAAGAGUUUCUUGGGAUUGGGAGGAUACUAUUGCCGAUUUGUAAAGGGAUUAUCUAAAUUGUUAGGUCCUUUGACACAAUUGACCAAGAAAAGUGUGAAAUUUGAUUGGACCGAUAAGUGUGAAUAG